AUGGCACCAAAGCUUGAACCUUGCUUCACGUUACGAGGCUACAUUGGUAACGAAUACACCAUUAUGCUAACCGGCAUAAAAUCCGGUCCAACUCGUGGAGUGACACCAAUCACGCACGGUUGCAUCGAGGGCUCAGGACUUAAGGCUGAGAUUCUUCCUGGAGGGGCUGAUUAUGUUCUGAAGAUUGACCCGGAAACCAAUAGCUGUCAUAUUGAUGUUCGCACAUCUGCCCGGACGCCAGAAGGACACGGAUUCUAUAUCCGCUAUAAGGGGGUAUUGAAAAUGGAUGAGAAAACAACCAAAAUUUUGAGCGGGGCUCCAGAUGCUCAAUCGACAGAAUAUGGCGACCAUGAAUGGUUCACGACACCCGUGAUGGAAACAGAUGAUCCUAAAUUCAAAUGGAUUGAGUCCUCGGUUUUUGUCGCUCAAGGGCAUUUCGUUUUAGGUGAUCCCCAGUCUGCACUUGAGUAUCAGAUAUAUAAGCUAGUGAAUUGA